AUGGCAGCAACUUGUGAUGCCUACUUCAUCGGACGAAUUGUUGGUGCUUCUGGCUUUCCUGAUGGUGCCUUCUGCCUUUAUGAACUCGUUCAUGGUCAGCAAUGGGUAAUUACUGAUGGUGAAGAAAAAGGACAAACACAAAUCGAUACCCCAGAUGAAGGAGACACUGUUAUUUGGUCUCAUCCAAUUGAUGUUCAUUACGAAUUUCCUGGUAUUCAAGGAUGGCCUAAAUUAUCUGUGGAAGUUUGGCAACAAGAUGCUCUAGGUAGAUCUUUUCUUGGAGGUUAUGGUAUUUGCAAUUUACCAAUGACACCAGGAUCGCAUGAUAUAGAUGUUCAGCUUUGGCGUCCAGUUGGAACUAAAGUUGAUGCAUUAACAUCGAAAUAUAUUGGUGGUUCGCCACAACUCGUUACGCAAGAUAUUGUAGAUAAAGCACAGGAUAGAGAUAGACUUAAAACAGAAACAGCAGGCGUUUUACAUCUUUCAAUCGGACUAAUUCUUGGUCGUACAUCGAAUUUCCAAGUUUUAAUCUAA